AUGAUCAUAUGUUUAAUCAAUUUAAAAAUAAAACAAAUUGUUGAAAUUGGUAGUGGAACUGGUAUUGUUGGGUUACAACUUUGUGCAUUAGGUGGAAAUCAUGUACUUACAGGAAAAGCUCAAUCUAAAACAUUAUUUUUGGCUGAUGAUUUAAAUGAAAAAGAUGAUGAUUUUCAAAAUCUUGAUUUUUUUAUUGUUGCUAAUUGUGUAUAUCAUUCAAUUGAAUUUGAUCAAUUAAUAAAAACGAUAUGUAAUUUAUGUCCGGAAGAUUCUCAUACAUGUUUAUUAUGUUGUUAUGAAUUACGUAAUGAUGAUAUUCGUCAGUUAGUAAAUGAACUUCAUGAAAAAUUAAUUAAAAAACAUUUUCUAUUAAAUUUAUUGAACAGAAAAAAAAAUUCGAAUGGAAUAUCAUUAUGA